AUGCAACUUUUCAGCACCCUCCUUACAGUUAUAGCACUCGCUUACGUUGCAGUCGCAGUAUGUUAUCAUUCCCCUGCGAUGCUUCCCCCUUGUCCUACUCAGGUACCUAACAACUUGACAGUGCAGUGGCAAAGAUCAAGACUGCUGCUGGAACAACAUGGAAGGCUGUGUGAGCCAACAUGGACAAUUCGGUCAAACUCCAUGUGCGAAGAAGAGUUACCGCGAGGACUUCUGUGAGAACUUCAAGACUAACAGAGGUGCCCGUGUUAGCUGCGUAAGUCUUUCCAAUUUGGCAUUAAAAACUUUGAAAGAAAUAUACUGAUUACAUUUGGUAUUCUAGAAUGGUGCAGACUGUUGCCGCAUUAGUACUGGAAGAGGAAGAAGUUGCCCGUAGAAGGAGGUCACUCCAAGAGGAUGGCGAACGAUAUUUGGAUGGAUGUAAAUUGCCAUGUAUAGCUUUUAAUCAUACUACCAACAUUUACUUCAAGCCAAAUUAG